AUGGCCGCCAGCUCACUAGCCCUAAACGUACUAUUCUGUCACAACAUCUGCAUCAAAUCUGGAGAACUGCGCUCGAACACGGAAGCAAACACCCAGCGAUUCAUUGCCAAGCACACGUCCAUUCCCGUCCCGGCAGUCCAUCACGCGUUCGCACAUGGCGGCAAGACAUACAUUCUCAUGGAGAGAAUCCAUGGCGACACCCUAGGUUCGAAAUGGACGUCGUUGUCAGAGGCAUCGCGAUCAGCAAUCUUACUGCAGUUGAAAUGCAUGCUUGAGGAGCUGCGGGGCCUCGUUCCCCCAUCCGAGGGCAUCGCGAAUGUAGACGGUGGGCCGCUGCACGACUGCCGGCUGCCGUUCAAGCCAUCCUGGGGCCCAUUCGAUACCGUCUCCGACUUCCAUCUUACACUCCGGAAUGAUGUGACUUCUGCUGCACUAGAUCAUGAAGCGUGCUCGCUUGACCCCGUCUGUAUCGCAGAUGUAAAACGAAUAAUCGCGUUUCACGACUCAGUCGUUCAUCGACCGGUCUUCACACAUGGAGAUCUCAAUCCCCGCAAUAUACUUGUUCGCGACGGCAAGAUAGUUGCAAUCAUAGACUGGGAGACUGCUGCGUGGAUGCCCUACUAUUGGGAGUAUACCACGAUACGACAGGAUGUGAUGCGGAAUACUUGGUGGCAUCGCGAAGUGCAUAAAUUUUUGCAACCAUACGAAUCGGAAUAUGCAAUGGACAGCCUGAGGCGUCAAUAUUUUGGGGAACUAUAGUUGUCCGAAACUAUCCUUAAGCAACUAUCUCCUUGUUUUCAAUCGCGUCCCAGGUUGCUAUCUUAUCAUUGUUAAAGUCUCCUUGUCCGUCGAAGCGAUGCUCCAUAGUCUUUUUGGUCACAUACCACAUACUAAUGCUCCUUGCUCUCUCCCAGUCGGCGAGGCGAGUUCCUAGUGCCGCUCUGUCUGCCAUCGCAGCAUUAAAGGCUUCUUGAAUCCACCAAACACAGUUCCAAGCUUGGAAGCCGUCUUGUCCGGCACGAAUAGGUGUGGCGGCAAAAACGCGUCUCAGCCGGUCAAGAUUUUCAACUUUUCCUAUCAAUACUCGAACAAGUAUCAUCGCCGUGGGCAUGGUAGAGAUCUCGCGGUCCUCAAACGCCCACGUAGUAUAUGGAGUGCCUUCAAUAAAUUGCACAGACUCCUUCACAUGAC